CUCCCCCACCCCGCCCAAACCGUCACUACCCACAAAUCCCUCGCUGCGCUCUUCCCCCCCCCUUCCCCCCCACCCCGUUCUCCCUCCCUUUCCCGCGCAGGCAAGAUGGGUAUCGACAUUCGCCAUAACAAGGACCGUAAGGUUCGGCGCACGGAGCCGCGGAGCGAGGACAUCUACCUGCGCCUGCUCGUUAAGCUCUACCGCUUCCUUGCUCGCCGCACGAGCUCCCCCUUCAACAAAGUGGUGCUCAAGAGGCUGUUCAUGUCUCGUACCAACCGCCCCCCUAUCUCCAUCGCGCGCCUGGUACGUAAGAUGAAGAUGGGCGGUCGAGAGGGGAAGGUUGCCGUGGUGAUUGGUACCAUCACCGAUGACCCCAGGAUCUUCACUAUUCCCAAGAUCAAGGUGUGCGCCCUGCGGGUGACGGCGAAGGCGAGAGACCGAAUUCUGAGAGCCGGCGGGGAGGUCCUCACGCUGGACCAGCUCGCCCUGCUGUCCCCUCGCGGCCAGAACACUGUGCUCCUGUCCGGACCCCGUAAAGGCCGUGAAGCCUACCGCCACUUUGGACCGGCACCCGGCGUUCCACACUCGCACACAAAGCCGUACGUUCGCUCCAAGGGCCGCAAGUUUGAGAGGGCUCGGGGUCGCAGGGCGAGCAGAGGCUACAAGAACUGAGCGCUGUGUGGGGGCGGUGACGGUGGCAGUGUGGUGGCGGUGGUGACGGUGGCAGUGUGGUGGUGGUGGUGGUGGGCCCUGCUGCUGCUGCUGCUGUCUCCUGCGGCACCGCCCAACAAUAAAGACGUUCCGGUUCACAACAGCA